AUGAUUCCUUAUACAACUGUAGCCAGAGGACAGACAAUAAUUGCUUCAUACUCACGCGAUGGUACUGAUUUAUCCCGCGAAGUUCAAAAGUUGCUAGAGCAGCCUUAUGUUGUUAACGAACAAAGAAGAAUGAACAGAUAUAUUUUUACAUUCUGUAAAAAGAACAAUUUAACAUUUAUUUGCGCAUCACCUGCCGAAUCACCAACAAGCUAUGCUGUCCAAUACUUGGAUAGACUUUCUGAUUGUUGGUGUCUGACUUUAUUAGAUGCUUCUAAGACAGCAACGCAAAAUUCAUUAUCAAAUUCAACAAAAGAUAUAUUUGACGCUGUUUACAAGGAUGUUAUCGAAAAUGAACCAAGUUCAGAAAAAAUAAAGCGAGAAAUGGAACAAACUCAGCGACUAAUGACCGAAUCAGUACAAUUAGCUAUGAGUAGAGGUAAUGAUCUCGAGAAUUUGUCAACAAAAACCGAAGAUUUACUUUCCACUUCAGCAGAUUUCAGAAACAACGCCGUAAAUCUUAAAAACAAGAUGCUUUGUGCAAGGUAUAAGGCUUAUGCCUUAUACACUGCUAUUGUUUUUAUAAUUCUUUACUAUAUCUUAGCAAAAAUUUGCGGAGGUUACUCAUUAAAGCCCAGAUGCCGCAAAUGA